UUGUGGAAACAAAACACCCCUAGUUCAAGACAGGUUUUCUCGCCCAAAUAUAAUAUUGUGUAAACAGGAAUAGGGUAGAGCUGUAGAAAUGAGAAUUUAAUUUACAGAUUAGGAUGCGUUGCAUACAAAUGUUUUCACAUUGCCUUUUAAGUAAUUUGUCAUUCGCCGUCCCAAACUCAAAACCUCAACUUUUCCCUAUUCGUUUCUCUUGCCAUUGCAAUACCUUUUUCUACUGCAAUCUUAUACGUCCAGAGCAAGUCUGUCAUAAAUUGAGGAGUUAUGCGCCACUUGUACCUCUUGCUGCUAGGUCUUCGUCGUCAAAACGAACAGAAGACACGGAAGAAGUAAUCGCUGAAGCUAGGGAGGCUGUCAGCUAUUACCUACAAGAACUUGGUGUUUCUCAUAAGGAAUCCAUCGAAGUAGCCCUCAACUCACCUAAUUACGUUAGCAUGCUGAUAGAUAGCGUCCGUGAACUGGAUGAGUUUUCCUUAUGGAAUUCCACUGACUUUGAAAAAGCAUAUGACCCGGUUCCUGCAAUUCCACCUUUCAAGAGCAAGGUCUACCUGAUGGCAAAACAAAAAGGUGAUAAGGGUAUGCUUCCCUUCUUGGAGAGCAUUGGCCUCACUCUCUCUUCCGCAACACACUUAGCUCGCUACCUUUCCUCGAAUUCUCUGUUUCAGACACUACCUACCCUUAUCAAUAAGGUUAAGUAUGUGAAGAAAAUAUUCUUCGCAAACAGUGAUGAUGGAGGACAUAUUGCUAGAAAUGCCCGGCAAAUGAUGAUGCACUUGUCCAUCAGUAUUGAUGAGGAUGUCCAGCAGACCUUGUCAUUUUUUCAGAAGAUCCAAGCAAGACGUGGAGGUCUACAUUUGUUAGGUUCUCAAGAUGCAUCUUUCCGACAUCUUAUUGAGUCAUUUCCACGACUUCUUUUGCUACCUAAGGAGAGUCAUAUGAAGCGCCUGAUGGUAUUUCUUGAUGAUAUUGGAGUGGUGGAAGGAUGUAAGAGACAAAUUCUUCUUUUAUUUCCGCCUAUUAUUUUCUAUGACAUUGAAAAGGAUGUUAGACCAAGACUGCAGGCGAUCCUUAAGGAUGGUCUGGAGGCUAAAGAUUUUGGGCAGAUGUUGCUGAAAUAUCCAUGGAUUCUUUCAAGGAGCAUUCUGCAAAACUACGAGAACAUUCUGAUUUUCUUUGAUGAUGAGAAGGUGCCAAAAAUUAGUGUAUCUCAGGCAAUUAAAAGCUGCCCGCUCCUUUUGGGGUUAUCAGUUAACAAGCUGAAAUUGGUGGUGGAACAGUUGGGUGACUUCGGCAUUCGAAACCAGAAGUUGGGUAAGGUGAUUGCUACAAGUCCUCAGUUAUUACUACAGAAGCCUCAGGAAUUCCAUCAGAUAGUGUGCUUCUUAAGGGAUCUAGGCCUGGAUGAUGAUAUUAUUGGUAGGAUUCUUGGUCGCUGUCCUGAAAUUUUUGCAUCGAGCAUCGGGAGAACUCUUAAGAGAAAACUCAACUUCCUAAUGGGUAUUGGAGUUUCCAGAAGUCAUCUUCCCAGGAUUAUCAGGAAAUAUCCCGAGUUUUUUGUAUGUGAUAUCCACAGAGCUUUACGUCCAAGAAUGAUGUACUUGAUGCAUGUUGGGCUUUCGAAGAGGGAAGUAGCACUAAUGGUUUGCAGGUUCUCUCCAUUGCUUGGCUACAGCAUAGACGAAGUUCUCAAGCCUAAGGUAGAAUUUCUGAUGAAUUCAAUGGGAAAACCAAUAAGUGAUGUAGUUGAAUACCCAAGAUAUUUCAGCUAUUCUUUAGAGAAGAAGAUAAAACCUAGAUAUUGGGUGCUCAAUGGUAGAAACAUGGAAUGCAGCUUGAAAAGUAUGUUGGGUAAAAAUGAUGAAGAAUUUGCUGCAGAGUUUGGAAAGGGGAAGAUGCUUGUCCCCCCACUUUAAUUCUGGAACAUUACUCGCCAGUCGCCAGUGUUGUUUUAAUACAUUUUUUUAAGUAGAUGCACGAAUCAAUUGAUGGUUGGUGUGGUGGACUGGUGCAUGUGCACAGGUGACUCGGUGUUUUUUCUUGUGAAUAAAUUCAGAUCACGGAGUUUCAAUACAGAGAGAUUAUUCUUACGUGCUUAACUAACUAUAAAUGAAGCUCAACAUUGUCUCUUUAUCUUUUGACUUUAGAUUCAAAGGUGGAUCAUAAACAGUGUUCCAUUUUUAAAAAAUAAUAUUAUUGGUAUUAGUAUA